AUGCCCUGGACACACCUCGUUCGCUUUAUCGCCGCUGAAGAUAGCCAAAUUCACCUGGGCCAGCUGGUUGAUACCACCCGUGACAUCGGACGAGAUACCUUCAAUGGCGUCAAUAUCCCUGUGUUCCUAAUUGAAGGGACCAUAUUCGAUGGGCGAGUGACAAAGCAAAUCUUACACAUUAAACAGCUUCUCUCCCCAGUCUCCCGCGAAGAAUGCAGCUACAUCCGGUGCUUGGGUCUGAAUUAUCUCGACCAUGCCAGGGAAGCAAACAUGGCCCUACCAAAGGCGCCGGUGCUUUUCACAAAGCCACGCACCGCAUUGGUCGGUCCGUACCCGACAACAGUCAAUGUGCCGAAAUGCGCCCAGGACGAGACCAGUGACUAUGAAGCUGAGCUGUGUGUUGUUAUUGGGAAGAGUGGUCGUGAUAUUCCUGAGGAAAAUGCCCUCGACUAUGUGCUGGGAUACACUGCGUCUAAUGAUGUGUCCGCCCGUUCGCUGCAGAUGAUCACUCCCCAGUGGUCGUUCUCGAAAGGACUCGAUGGCAGCUGUCCGAUAGGUCCCGUUCUUGUUUCGCCCAGUGUGAUUGAUGACCCCCAAAACCUGUCCAUCAAAGCCAUCCACAAUGGUCGCGUAGUCCAGGAUGGACACACCAAGGAUAUGAUCUUUUCAAUCAAGAAGCAGAUUUCGUACCUUUCCCAGGGUACCACUCUCGAAGCCGGGACUAUCUUCUUAAUUGGCACCCCGGCUGGCAUUGGAUACUUCAGGGAGCCGCGCGUGGUUCUUAGAGACGGGGAUGGCAUGCGGGUGGAAAUUGGCAAGAUUGGGACAUUGGUGAACAAAAUUAGAUAUGAAUAG